AAGGCUAAGCUCGGUGUCGUGAUAUUUAUAUUAUUGUGUUUUUAUUUGCAAUUUUCCUAUUUUUAUUAGAAACUUAAUAGCCAUGGACUUAAUAUGUCGUUUAUGUCUGUCUGUUGAUUAUGAAAAUGUUCGUAACUUGUUUGAAAACACUAUUUUAUUGACCAAAAUCACAUCAUGUUUGAAACUUGAGUUGACAAAAGCUGACUGCCUACCGAAACUAGUAUGUGUAAAAUGCAUAGAAAAAGUUGAAGAUAUUUACAGAUUUAAUAAAAUAGUAGCUGAUAAUCAGAAAACUUUAUAUACACAUAUGAAAAAAGGAACCGAAUCAUUGAAUUUAUUUUAUUCUAAUUUACAAAAAUACAAAUUGCCAGUAGAAAAUAUAAAUGCGAAGUUCAUAGAUGUGGGAAAUAAAGAAGAUGAUAACAUUGAAGAAAUGAACGUUGAAUAUUUAGAUGUUGAAUAUUUAGAAGUUGAAUAUUUAGAUGACAAUUUUGACUAUUAUGACAAUGAGAGUGAAGGUUAUAAGAAGUCUGUUGAUCAGAUUAAAAAUGGAACCAAAUCCAAAAAUAAGAAACAAAAAACUGAAGCUGUAGAUGUAAAAUUAACCGUAAAAAUUGAAAAUCUAGAAAAGGAACCUCAGUCAGCCAGUGACACAGACAAUAAAGAAGCAAAAGUAUUAAAAACUUAUAAUUACCAAUUUAAAUGUCUAACAUGUUUUGAAAUAUUAGAAAAUAGAAAAGCACUAUUAACACAUUACCGAACUGUCCACAAACCAGAAACAACAGAUAAGAUUGAAGAUGAUGAAGACAUUGAAGAUUUUAUUAUAAAAGAGGGUUCAAACAAAUAUAAGUGUGGCAAAUGUAAUAAUGAUAAGGUGUUCAUAAAUAAGAAAACUCUUUGCAGACAUUUGAAAGAUAACCACAAACAAAACCGGCCUUACAUUUGUAAUUUGUGUGGUCGCACCUACAGGGACAUUAAUCACAUAAUUGGCCACAUCCCUGCCCAUACCAAUGAAAAACUGCAUUGUUCAUUUAAAUGUGGUUUCAGCAGCAGUCACGUUACCUGCUUGAAGGUGCACGAGAGAGUACACAGGGGUGAUUUUAAGUAUAAAUGUGAGCAGUGUGGGAAAGGUUUCCAAGUGAAGACGUUGCACGAUGAACAUCAGAACAUACACAAGGGAGUCAAACCAUUCACAUGUGAUAUCUGUGGGCAAGCUUUCCACAUGAGAAGAUAUGUUCAUAAACAUCGAAUGAAAGUUCACCCUGUUGCUAUCAGUGGGUUGAACAGGUUCAUUUGUUUGAGUUGUUCUCAACCUUGUGAUAAUAAGACUGCUUUGAAUGAACAUAUGUUUUUGGAGCACGGAGUAGUAACACAAUUCCUAUGUGAUAUAUGCGGGAACACAUUCAGUUCAGCCCAUAAUUUGAAGUUGCAUAAAUUAUUGCAUUUGGAAGUCAAACCGCAUAGCUGUAGUACAUGCAACAAAACCUUUCCGCUGCGGCACCAGCUGAGGCGGCAUCAGGAGGUACAUAGCGGGGAGCAAAAGUACGUCUGUGAUGACUGCGGGCAGAAAUACUCCCGGAGGAACUCACUUCUGUCACAUAUUAUAAGGGCACACCAAAAGUGUUUAAAAUGCAAUAAGAAGUUUAAGCUGUCCAUAAAUCUGACGAAGCAUAAGAAGAAAUGCCAAGCAGUAUGUAGAAGACCUGAAAACGAAGACACAAAAAAUACAAAUUGAUGUUAGAUAUAAUAAAGAAUUGUGCUCACGAUCCGGAGGUCCCCGGGUUCGAAUCCACAAACAAACGGUGGGGACAAAUCACAAAAAUCACUAUGUGAUCCCUAGUUUGGUUAGGACAUUACAGGCUGAUCACCUGAUUGCCCAAAAAGUAAGAUGAUCCGUGCUUCGGAAGGCACGUUAAGCUGUUGGUCCCGGUUACUACUUACUGAUGUAGUAGGCGUUACAUGAGCCAUGUCAGGGGCCUUUGGCGGCUCUAUAAUAACCCUGACACCAGAGUUGAAGAGGUUGGUAAUUCACCUCACAACCCACACGAUAGAAGAAGGAACGCACACGGGAGAAUAAAAUAUGUAUGUAUAUUUGUAAUAUGUGUGUUUGUCGUAAAAUUUUGGGAGGGUUUUAUAAAUUUCUGCCUAACGUAUAGUACGGCAACUCUCCGCUGCUUACCACCAUUUAGGUUUACCUCUCACAUUGCAUUUGCAUUUAGAUAAUAUGAAUUCAAUGGUGCUAAUUCCUGUGGACGCCUGUCAUUUUCUUAUCCACCGAAAAGGAAAGGGACGUGUAAUCGACAGGCAUAAAAUUUAUGGAAAACACGUCAGUUUUAGGCACAAACCUAAAAAAAACCUUUACAUUGGCUAAUAACCCGACAUAAUUAAGUUGGCAGUACACGUAAAACGGUUUGCAUACCAGCGAGAUGCCAAUUUGAUUCGCCCGGGUUAUUCAUUCAUUCACUCAUUCAGUUGUCAAUCAUCCGAUCCUUUCCUUUUCAGCGGAUAAGAAAAUGUCAAGUAUAACUUAAAAUUAAAUUAGAUGGUGUCUACAGAAAUAAGCACUAUUAUUUUGUGAAUUGGUAUACUUACAACAUUAUAAACUGAUUGAUAAUGAAAUAAAUAAUUGUAUAUGAAAAUCUGUAUGAUUUUAUUCUUUCCUGGUUGGCUGUUUUGAGUCUUAGGCCGGGUUUCCACUGACGCGGAGAUGUGCGGAUUUGAACAAUCGCAAAGUUCGAGAGAGCGAAAAACGAAGACGCUCUGUCACUCUCUCCCUCACGGUGAUUGGUCGAUUCCUGCACAUCUCCGCACAGCUCCGCGUCAAUAGAAACGCAGCCUUUAGCCUGUCCAGAAUGUAUAAUACAAAGUACCUACAUACUAUGUGCACAGAAUAUAACUAACAAUAAAGAAACAUUUAUUACUACAAUAGGCUACUUGACAACCAUAAAACACUCAAAAAGAAAGUUUUCUUUGGAGUUUGUAUGGAAAUACUUUUCUGUGACGUCGUCAAUAAAAGGGCAAAAGCGUCGUA